AUGCAGAUCUUCGUGACGACGCUGACGGGGAAGACGAUCACGCUCGAGGUGGAGAGCAGCGACACCGUCGACAAUGUCAAGGCCAAGAUCCAGGACAAGGAAGGCAUCCCGCCAGACCAGCAAAGGUUAAUUUUUGCUGGAAAGCAGCUGGAAGAUGGACGGACAUUAGCUGACUACAACAUUCAAAAAGAGUCAACACUUCAUUUGGUCCUGAGGCUCAGGGGUGGGACUAUGAUCAAGGUGAAGACACUCACUGGUAAGGAGAUCGAGAUCGACAUCGAGCCUACCGACACAAUUGAUAGGAUCAAGGAGCGCGUCGAGGAAAAAGAGGGCAUCCCCCCUGUUCAGCAGAGGCUCAUUUAUGCUGGAAAGCAACUUGCUGACGAUAAAACUGCUAAAGAUUACAACAUUGAAGGUGGUUCAGUGCUCCAUCUUGUGCUUGCUCUGAGGGGUGGUCACUAG